CAUCAUAAAUUUGCCGCCGAUAAACCUACUGAAAUCCUAUAAUAGCCGUAUCAUCGCGCAGGUAUCCCAUGCGAUAGCAGAAGCAGUAAACGGCAUAAAAUGUGAGAAUACUUAGCUUAUCGAACUUAUGAAUUUAAUUGUAAUUCUUUUAAUCAUCGAAAAUUUUAUCCGGAUAAAAAUUUCGUAUAUUCUACAUCAAAACGACUUAUUCUCUCAUUAUAUUAAUUCAUUCUUUAUUCUUUCUCAUAAUUUCCCCCUACCUCGAUCAGUUAUCUUCUUCUUUAUCUCCUCUUUCCUUUUUUUCAUUUUUAUUCUCCCCUUUUCCGUUCGACAUUCUACCGUUCCGUCCUCUGCUCGCUUCCCCCCAAGAUCUUUAUCCAAUUUCUUUUCUUUUCUCUCUUUCAGCCUCCUUUUUUCCAUUCAACAUUAUCGUUUCCUUUUUUUCUUUCCUGUUUCUUUCUCGUAUGUUUACAAUUUCUUUAACUUUCUCUUCAUCCCCUUCCACCAUUAUUUCUUUCAGUUCUUUCUUUUUCUCUCUCUCUACUGUCCCUCACCUGAAGUCCUCUGUACGCACCUCCUUUCUCUCCUCUCGAGUCUACAAGCCGAGUAAGCACGCUCUCGUUUUCUCGCAUGCACGCGUACGGUGAAUGUGUUCUCGUAUCGUCCCUAUCCAGCAACUUCGUUAAGAGGACUCGAGUCGUCCUGCCGCUCCUCGUGAAAAUCCCGGUCCGACUCGUCGAGGACAGGUUGAUGCAACGACGUGCAUACCUUUUCCCUGCCAUGGAAAACAACGAUCCGCUCUUACCUGGGUGUAAAGUGGUCUGGGUAUUUAUGAAUGUUUAAGAACGUGGAAUAAUGGCCCUGUAAAAUGUAAAAACACAGGCUUGCAUAUCGCAUACGCUAGCGUCGAGCAGAAUAUCGUCCAAGGAAUACUUUAUUCCGUGUACUUCGAAAGUAUUCGAUGUCAUAUAAAUCGAACGUUACGAUCUGGAAAGAUUAGCUACAAGCACACAGCUCGAAAACACUAACGUAGGAUUGAUGGUGAUCGAUGGUGAUUCUAUGUGCACAGAUAAAGUUGAACAGGAAGAAUCUAGUUCUUUCGUUUAAGAGCGCGUUUCUUUUAGAAAAUCCAGUUUGAAAUAGAUGUCAUUGGAUCCUCAGCCAUGUUGAAUCGUAUUCUAUCAACAGUUUAGCUAAGUGCAUACAAAAUGUUAUGUAAUAUUCUUGGUGUUAAAAAUAUUUGUUGUAUUAGUAUCUUAUAUUAAUAAAACAAAGAGUAGCAUUGUAUAUAUCCUUAAUGCCAACCGAGAUUCACUUAUGUAUGACAUCUCCUUUUGAGUAAAACUGGUAAUAAAGUUAAUGGUUUGAACUGCAUGUCUAGUAGAACCGCGAGAUAGGAUUGAAAGAUGUGAAGCAUAAAGCCGUCAUGAUGUCUCCUAAAUUGGAGCGCUGUCCUUUAAACAAAGCGGUUACCGAAUAUUGUUGAAAAGGAUAGCAAGUAGAUGUUAUCUAGACAAUGAUUUAUGGCGGAGCAUAAUUUUACGAUUAUACGUCAGGAUACUUUCAUAUCGUAGAAGACUAUUUCAAAGGAGCCGAGAAUUUAUGUUUCCUUCCUUAUGUUUGGAAGCAACGUAAUUAAUAAAAAUAUAUUUUACACUUUUCCCAAAACAUUUACACUAUUCCAAAACCAAUGCUAAUCGCAAUCCGAAUGAGCGUAUUAUACAUAUACAUAUCUGAAAUGCGCAUGUAAUUACGAGUCUAACAGGAAUUAAAUUGCGAUGUUAAUGCUUUCCCGUCCGCUUGUAUCAAUUCUUGGCCUUCUUCUUUCUCACUCUCCCCUUAGAUAUUCGUAGCCGGCAAACGUGUACCGUAGAAUUUCAGUGAGUUUAUCGGCAGUGAAGUUACGAUAAUGUUUCCUGGUCAGGUGGAAGCAGGCUGCUUUGCGCUUCUCUACAAGGCCAACAGCAAUAGUAAAGUAAUGAAAUUAUGUUUUACAUUUUAUGUCAAUUUUUUUUUAUCCAUUCGUCUCAACCAGAUUACAUAAAAACAUACAUUUCAUUAUUAUAUGAAUUAUUACAUAGCUCGAUGAAACGAUCAUAAUAUAGCUUCAUGAAACAUGAUUUUAUGAUAUUUACAGUUUCGUCCAGAUUGCUCUUAAAUUUACUAUUUAAAGUACAGAUAAAGAUAUUGACGCGUUUUAUUUGUUAAAAGUUGUACAUAAAUACAUUUUCCUAAUACGAUUCCUAGUUCUUUGUAUAAAUUCAAUUUAUCUUAAAAAGAUUAAGAAAACUCGAUGAAUAAAUUAAUAAGGAUUAAUCCUCUAUGCAACUUGCAAGUUAUAUACAUAACUUUUCCAUAACUUUUAGAUCACAAUGACAAACCACGAUCUUUGUCAUGAUGAAACAAAAUUCUGAUUGUAGACCGAUAAAUGUUUAUCGAAAAAGCACGUCAAUAACAAAAUGAUUAUACGACUAAUUAUGACAAUAAAUCAUCUACGUUGAAAUAAAAUUUUCGCUUGGCAAAGUUAACGAACGUAUCUCUAGGCGACGAUUGAAGAUACGACGUCCUCGCGGUCCUAAAGAUCUGUACCUAAUUAUCAUCGCGAGCCGAGGAUUCUUGAAACUUUACAGAUUUCCUUUUCCUCUUUUCAAUGGCCGUUAGCCACGGAACGUCGUGUGCGCUUUUAAUAUUAGAUCAACGAUCUUUUACGAUCAUUAUAGCCAGCGUGGUACCAUCCAGCUGCGCAGGAUCAACGAUCAACCGACGAAGACCAACUCAUUCAGCAACAAAUGUAGCGGUGCUUGCACUACCGCCGGUCAUGUCUUGUUCAACACGCCAGCGAGAUACUUUAUUGCUGAUAAUUCGAGGCCGGUCCCGCGAGAGACGUGCUGAAGUACGCCAUUUACAUUCCUGUCGUGAUCACAAAUGCAUUUUAUACACCGGCUAAUAUUCUGCUCGAUCGCGUGGGUUAGAUAGACGAGGAUAUACAGGGUGCUUUUCUAGUAUACUAGAAGCUUUAAAUCCUGUUAGAAUCCUGGAAUUUUUAUAUUCUCUCCCUAAAUGAUAUAGUACGCUAUGUUAUUUUUAAAUUUAUUGCCUAUCCAGUUUCAAACAUAAAUAUCUUGGUAAAAAAUAUACCUAUCCCAUUUGUUGAAACCUACCGGCUGCAAUUAAUUUAUAUUCAGUCAUGAAAGUCAUCAUAUAACCCUUAAACCUGAAUUAUAACACCUUAACUUUUGGUAAUUGAAGGAUCCAGUAGUGAAAAGACACAUUUGACAAUAUGUGCUAUAAAUUUCUAAACCUCGGAGUUUUAAGAGAAAUAAUUUUAUCAGAAAACGUUAUAUUUCAAUAGCUAGAUAGACGGCAACUGCUAUAAAAUUUUGAUUGUAAAAUUUAUCGACCCAUUAGCUCCUGUAACUUUGGUACAUUGCAUUAAUUCGGAUAUACACGAUUUUAUAGUUUUACUAAUAAAAUCCAAUCCAAAUAAACUAUUACAUGUUCGCGCAUAAAGGUGCUGCAUGUACCUUUGGAUCUUUACUCAUUUUUUAAAAUUAACAUUACACCUACGGUAAUUUGCUGACAUACAUUUCGCAACUGACGACAGGAUACCAUGUUCCUUUAAAAAGCUCCCGUUCGCAAGCGUGUUUAAUUUGUUUCAUGGUCGGUUCACUGAAAUUAUAGCAAGCCGGGAUCAAAAGUUACAAAAUUUACGACUCGUAACUUCAGCGAGUAGCAUAUAUUAACUAGUCGCAGCGGGCAACUUUGAAUGCAACAGCCACCCGUCGUGGUCGAGCAAGGUGUAACGCAAGAAUCGAUGUGCCAUAAUCGGGCCGAGCUUUUUGAUUUAACAGCGCAGCGUUUCUUAAUGAACGACGCGCCUCUUCUUUCGCUUCUUUUAAAACCAGUAGCGGAACUUUUUGAUCCGCGAUCGGGUUACCCAAGAUCAUUCACUCGCGAACAAGACCCAAGGUAUACUUUUUUAUACGAACCUGUCAUCGAUUACCAAGACCUUGAGAUGCAACGCCAUUCUAAAAUGAGAUCGUGAUUAUUUUAGAUUUAGAAAGAAGUAUUUAUAUCUUGCUAAAAUUAAACUGUUCGAAGUAGUUAAUAAAUAAUGUAUUUUGCCUACGAAGAUAAAAGUGACCUUGAAAAUAUAAAUACCUCCGUAUUAGUUCUCGAUGUCUAAAUUAAGAUAUUUCCCACUAAUGUUCUCAUGAGAAUCAAAAAGGUUCAAUAACAUAAAAUUCAUACCGUUUGGCUGGCCAAUGAUGGCUUUUCUACUGAAAAAUUCCAGACAUUCCACUUUGAUACUAGCAAAACCAACAGAUCAAAAUGACUACACUAAAAAAAUUCAGAAAAUUUAUUAUUUCCGCCAUCAAAACAGAAUCUGCCCCGAAUUAAAUUUAAAGUAAGGCUAUAAUUCUAAAACCACCUUUCUACUAAGUCACGAAACUUGAUAGCAAUACGUAUUAAAAAUAUUACAGACUUUCCAAAUCUAAGUCAACGCUUGCAAACAGAUGUAUGUACGUUCGCCAUGUGCAAUCAAGGCGAGAGUAUAUCCAUAAACCAUAAAUACAAUAUUGUCGCUAGACUCUACUCAUCAACAGGUAUAGUUCUCGUGUCACCGUAGCGUAACAGUUGAAAAUGAAAAGUUAUAGAGUUUACGAGUCGUAACUCAGGUCUGUAGUUUCUAUUAACCAGUCGCGUACAUGGCUGGGGCCUGGACCGAGAACAAGAACCGAGGACUCUCGUGAGUCGCUUCAGGAGCAAGCAAGGUGUAAUGUCGAAUCGAUGUACCAUAAUCGCCUGGACUUAGGUGUCUUUCGUUUCAAGCCGAGGCUACGGCGUGCUUGCAGCCCACAGAACUGGCAAGAUGGCAGUUUGCAGCAGCUUACUCAUUAUUUCGCGAUUACUUCUCAUCGUCGUAGCAUUGACUGUACCAGGAACAUGGAUAAACAUCGGCCUGCAACACUUUCCACAACUCGAAACUGCUCAGAUGAUAGAAACCUACGACGUCGCUGCAUCAAGCAUUUGUCAUGGGCUAAAAGGGCUCUCGCAAGGCCAAGGGAAACUAUGCCAGUUGUCCGUGGAUCACAUGCCAAGUGUUGCGAAGGGUGCAAAAUUUGGAAUUCACGAGUGCCAGCAUCAAUUUCACGACCGAAGAUGGAAUUGCUCCACUGUCUCUGAUGAGUCAGUGUUCGGACCUAUGCUUAGAAUAGCAAGCAGAGAGACUGCGUUCGUCCAUGCGAUCACAGCUGCAGGAGUGGUAUAUUCGAUUAGCCGAUCUUGCAGAGAUGGACAAUUAUCCUCGUGUGGAUGUUCUAGAAGCAGCAGACCCAGAGAUCUAAAGCGAGACUGGAUCUGGGGUGGCUGCGGAGACAAUCUCGAAUACGGUUACAAAUUUACACAAGCAUUCGUUGAUGUGAAAGAACGUGAGCGAAGUUUUAAAAGAGGCAGUAGAGAACAAGGCAGAAGCUUAAUGAAUCUUCAUAAUAACGAAGCCGGACGCAGGGCUGUUAUAAAACGGUCCAAAGUAACGUGCAAGUGUCACGGAGUUUCUGGAAGUUGCAGUUUAAUUACUUGCUGGCAGCAACUUGCUUCCUUCCGAGAAAUUGGUGAUUUUCUCUUAGAUAAAUACGAUGGGGCAACAGAAGUGAGAGUAAAUAGACGUGGGCGUCUGUCUAUGCGAGAUCCAAGAUUUUCGUUACCUACUGCGAAUGAUCUAGUUUAUUUGGAUGAAUCUCCAAACUAUUGUCUUCCUAAUGAAACACUUGGAUCGUUAGGUACACAUGGAAGAAUUUGCAACAGAACAUCAUCCGGUAUGGAUGGAUGUAAUCUUCUUUGCUGCGGUCGAGGAUAUAACACACAAAAAUCAACCAUUAGAGAACGAUGCGAGUGCAAAUUUCAUUGGUGUUGUUUCGUUGAAUGCAAAACUUGUGUUAAAAGCGUAGAUAUUCAUACUUGCAAAUAAAAUUUCAAUUUUAUUUUAUACUUUCAUAAGAAAAAUUUAUGUACCUUUUUGUGAUACAAUUCUCCUCGGUAUUUCAGAUAGACAUCAAUUAUUAGGGAAUAUUAUACUGUGUAUAUACAUUUCUUAAACUUAUAACAAACGUUUAGCAAAAUACUUUAGUAAAAUGCUUACCUAUUAUCAUCAUCAUUUAAAAAAUGUGCUAUAUCAUAUUUAACUUAAAAUAUGCACACUAAUCCUUUAUUUCAUACUAUUAUAGAUGUUUCUCAUGAAAAAUUGGAUGUAUGAAUGAAUACAAAUAGGUUUUUAAAAUUCUGAAAAUAGUUAAAUGAUUAAAAACACUGCUUGCAUCUUGAAAAUUAUGAAUUUGAUAUUAUUCAACAAUGACAUAUAUGCCCUAUUACCGGUAUUCAAAAUUCAAAUUUUAAUUUUUAGACUGAAGUAUUAUUAAUGUUUAAAGUGUAAUAUAUAGAUUUAUUUUUUCAUAUGUGCAGGAUUUUCUACAGAGUCUCAAUAAAUAUAAGUGCACUUUACAAAAUCCAGUAAUAAAAAUAAAAGCUAUAAAUACAGUACAGUUAUUUAUGAAGUUAACUCAACCAAAUUAAGUUUCAUAAAUGACUCACGGUCUGUGAUUUCAUAAAUUAAAAAGAAAAACAAAAUAAAAGACUUCAUAAAUUUUCUGAACUAUUUAGAUAUUUUGUUAUCUACAAUUAUGAUACAAUUAUUAGUACAGUAUUAUAUUUGUAAAGAAAUAUUUUUAUUAGCAUGCAAAAUAAGUCAGCCUAAUAUGUAGUAUUAAUUUAGUUUAUAGUUACUAGUGUAGUAAUGAUAAAUCCUGCACACUUAUACAUAUUUAAUAUUAUUGAGCACAGUAGGUUUAUUGUAUUUGU